AUGGAGCCGGCUCCUCAGGGUAGCGGUCAGCAGCAAGGCAGACAGCAGCAGCAACAGCCUGUCUACGAUAUCAGGAACGGCGGACACUAUGGUGCUAGUGCAGCGCUCUCUGCGCAAGGAUAUGCUCCUGUCGCUGAGCUAUACACCGGUACCUGGGCUAAUGUGAACCAAGGUCUGCAAGGCACCGCCCGCGAUAUCUUGACGACUUACUGGCAGCAUGUCAUCAACCACCUUGAGACCGACAACCAUGACUACAAGAUCCACCAGCUGCCGCUCGCUCGCAUCAAGAAGGUGAUGAAGGCCGAUCCGGAGGUCAAGAUGAUUUCCGCCGAGGCCCCCAUCUUGUUUGCCAAGGGCUGUGAUAUCUUUAUCACCGAGUUGACGAUGCGUGCCUGGAUCCACGCCGAAGACAACAAGCGCCGCACUCUCCAGCGCUCGGACAUUGCCGCGGCCCUUUCCAAGUCGGACAUGUUUGACUUCCUAAUCGACAUCGUUCCUCGGGAAGAGGCGACUUCUCACGCCAAGCGCUCCAGCCAGGCCGGCGCUGCGGCCCCGGGCCCUUCUGCCACUCCAGGCCAGAUGCCACCUGCUCAGCAUGGCGUUCAAGCGCAUAUGGGCCCGGCUGACUAUGGCUCCCUGGGCCAACAUGGCAUGCCGCAAGAACAGGAAUAUCGCCCACAGCCGACAAUGUAUCCUGGCACAGUCCAGCAGGACCCAACAGCAGCAUAUGGCCAGCCACAGUCGCAGAUGUUUGAGGGGAUGUACGCUUACCCCCAUAUGCCUCCUCAGCAGUGA